CCUCCCCCUGGGAAAUAGAGAGAGCGAGAGGUGGAAGGAGGAAGAAGAAACCCCCUCCUCCCUCCUCGAGAACAGUUCUCCCCAUUUACCCCGGGGGAAAGGAAAGAUUAGUCGUGAAAUCAAAGUCUAGCCUCCCAGCCGUAUAAAUACCCAAACCGGCAAACCCCACCCCACCACCCAAGAACCGCAGAAAUCGAGCAGACGCCUUUCCGGGGGUUUUCCGAUCCGGACGGCGGUUUCCGGCGAGGUUUUUGGGUUCCGUCACUCAGGGUGGUUUCGUUGAUCGAUACCUGUGUGCUCUUCCUUCUUCGUUCUUGUUAGGGACCUUCCUUUCCCAUUCGCUGAUCAGAGCCUGUCGCCAGCCGGCUUCUGUUCUUGCGCGUUGCUGGGAAGAGGAAAUAGCGGGUGGAAGUUUGGGUUCCGAUCGAAUCCGAGGCCGGGGAGCAAUGCGGCCGUGGUAGGAGCGGCCGGCCAUCACUACCGGAGUUUGAUCCAACCAAGGAGGGCCGCUUUCUGCGAUGCUGCGCAGCAGAUCGAGAGGAGCGGUUGGUGGCGGGGCCAAGCAAGGAGGAGCAGGUGGGCUCAUGGCUGAGCCCCCCGCGGCCACGGCCACCGCCGCCCAGUCGCCGAGGCAUCCUUCUUCUUCGUCGUCAGCUGCCCCGGUGUUCCCUGCCCCGAGGCCGUUCAUGGCGAUGGCGCUGCCCCAGGCGGACGGCUCCUCCGAGGGGCCCUCGUCGGCCAUGAGCCCCACCUCCAUCCUCGAGACCAAGCAGUUCUGCUGCUCCGCGCUGCCCCCGUUUCUGUCGGAGCGGAGCCUCAGGCGAGCGCACCACGCGGACACGCCCGCCGCCGCGCCGGAGCCGGCCGGCGUCGGCCUCGCCGACGUGCUCCGGGACCACGGGGACGCCAAGCCGGGCGGCGGCAAGGUGGUGUUCGGGUCUCAGCUCAGGAUCCAGGUCCCCUCCGGCAGGGCCGUCGAGCUGGUGUCCUCCCCGAUCGAGUUCGGCGCCAAGAACCGGGACGCGCAGCUGGCGGUGCUGUCGCCCGCCAGGAGGUUCCUGCCGGAGGUGGUCAGCUCGCCGUCCGCUCGGGUGUUCGCCGGGGCCGUGGCGCCCGGGGAAAUGGCCAUGUCAGAAGACUACACCUGCGUCAUCUCGCGGGGCCCCAACCCGAGGACCAUGCACAUCUUCGACGACUGCAUAGUCGAGAGCUGCGGGGAUGUGCUCGUCGAGAAGAUGGACAAAGGGGCCGGCGCUGGCGAUGGCGGCUUUGCGGCUGUGGCGAGUGGCUUCAUGAGCUCUUGCCAGGCAUGCAACAAGCAACUUGGCUAUGGCAGUGACAUCUUCAUCUAUCGAGGUGACAAAGCAUUCUGCAGCAGCGAGUGCCGGUACCAGGAGAUGCUUUUCGACGAAACAGUGGACAAUUUGCGCUAGACGAUGAACGAAAAGAGGAUGUUAGUGGAGGAGAAGGCAUGAUGAUCCUGAAUAACUGAGACAAGUUUUUUUUUUUGCUUCUUUUUCUUCCUUUUGUUGUGUCAUCUUUGCGAGAUUGCAUGCUGUUUUUGGUCAUGGAGGAGGGAAUGAUUUAGUCUUUUGCGGAUUAAAGACCUUUGGCGCCCACUUUUGUAAGAGGUUGCAGAUUGAUGAUCUGGACUUCUUGUUCAUGCGACUUUCCCGUUUUAGUUGCAAGUUCUGAUGCUCCCAUUCUAGUUCUGUGUUUGUUCAUGUGACUCCCAGAAUGGAUCCCAAAGUAAAUUGAAGAAAAGUUAGCCCCUUUGCUCU